GCAAUCUUCCAAACACACCAACAACAGCAAGACUAAAGGCUCAAAGCAAACCUCUCAAAAGACAAGAUGAAGACCAUUCUCUCCAUUGCUCUCAUGGUCCUGGCUCUCUGUCUGGUGUCUGAAGCCCAAGCUGUCCAAGUCAAAGUACAGGAGGGUGACUUUUUUUUCUCACUGGAAUCAGUGAAGAAGCUUCAAGAACUGACAGCAGAGGGCAGCAGUGUAAACGGAAUGCAGAAUCCUCGUCUCACCGGCACCAGCUUUGCUUCUGUCUGUGCUAACCCUUCUUUGCCACAGGAGUUCAUGUCCCUUUGCAUGCAGAGAGGGGCAAGCAUGUCUCUCUCAAAACUAGCUGCUGUGCCUAUGGACAUCUGUGAGAUCUGUGCCUUCGCUGCCUGCACAGGCUGUUAAUGAAAAUAUCAACCUGACUGCCAUCAGAAGACAAACCACUCACAAUUCUCAUUCAGCAUAUCGUGACAACAAUUUCGAUUUCAUGUUUAAAAUUGCCAUCUUCAGAUGGCCGAAAACAUAACUGGCUCAAAAAUACAAAGACUGAUUAAUUGAUGGAGGCAAAUUUUCUAGAAACUGUUACUUUGGAGCUUAUUUAGCACUUCUUUGACUGCUUUUCCUUUUAUCAAUUGACUUUUAUUUUGAGGGUUUUGGGUUUGUUACAGUUCUAUCUUACCAGGCUUUGUACUUAUUUAAUGUUCUUUUUGUUUUCAUUGAGUCUUUGGGAUUUUGUAUUCUUUUGUAUGUUUAUGAAUGCCUCAUGUUUAAUAAAAAAGCAUUGAAAAACA